AUGUCGUCCCUAAGACCGCUGGCAACUUCCUCGCCCUUGCAACAGGCGAAGAGGGGCUUCGGCUACGCCAGUUUCAAGUUUCAUCGUGUGAUUCCUGACUUCAUGGCCCAGGGUGGUGACUUCGCCAGAGGCAAUGGAACUGGCGGCAAGUCGAUCUACGGCGAGAAGUUUGAAGAUGAGAACUUUGUCAAGAAGCACGACAAGCCUCUCUUGCUAUCUAUGGCCAAUGCCGGUCCUACUAAUACCAAUGGAUCCCAGUUCAUUAUUACCUUCGUGAGAACACCUCAUUUGGACGGCAGGCACGUUGUCUUUGGAGAAGUCAUCGAGGGCGAGGGCAUCAUUCGCAAGAUGGAGAGUAAGAGUUUGUGCUGGCGCACCAAUGGCACCAUUUCAAUUGUUGGCUCUGGAACAGUAUAA